AUGUUGUCCCGUGUUCUGGUGCUGUUCCUGGUGUGUGUCUCCACAGGCCUGGCCGCCACGCUCAUCCAGGCUGCUGUGGAUUCACCAGCUGACGGGUCUGUUUCACCUGAACCGCAGGCAGACGGGAGCCCAAAUGUAGACCAUGCUGGGGAGUUUCAGUCAGAAGACGUUAUAAAGGGAGAUGCCCCUGUUGAAGAAAAACCAGCAGAGACUCAAAGCGCUACUGAGGAGUCUGAGGACGAUUCAUACUGGGGACUCGGCUCCAUCAGAGACAGCUUUCAGUCGGUCAAUGGAUACUUUGACUCUGUACUGGAGCUGAUGGGAGGUCGGGAUGGUGUGUGUCAGUACCGCUGUAGAUACGGUAAAGCUCCUCAGCCUCGUCCUGGCUAUCAGAUGCCUGAACCUGAUGGCUGUAGCACCACACUGCUUGGCUUCCAGUUUGAUAUGGGUGUUCCAGCCAUGACCAAAUGUUGUAACCAGUUGGACAUUUGCUACGACACCUGUGGAUCAAACAAGUACCGCUGUGACACCAAGUUCCGCUGGUGUCUCCACAGCAUCUGUGGCGAUCUCAAGAAGAGUCUGGGCUUAAUGUCAAAGGUUGAAGCAUGUGAGACGUUUGCAGACACCAUGUAUAACACUAUAUGGACUCUGGGCUGCAGGCCCUUCAUGAACAGCCAGAGGGCAGCAUGUUAUUGUGAAGGAGACGAGAAGGAUGAACUGUAG